UGUAAAAUAGAUUUAUAUUGACACCAUACAACAAUGCAGACCUCUUAUAGAGUGUGUUGUUGCGAGAAUAAAACACUGGACAGCUCGAUUAUUAAGCUAUCUAGGGAGAUGUGAGCUGAUACAGUCACAAGUUAUUGGAUGCAAAUAAUUCCGCUGCCCCAAAGAGUUAUCAAAGACAUCGAGGCCACGUGUAGAAGUUUUCUUUGGAGUGGAAAAGAGAUUAUCACCAGGUAGGCGCCGGUCUCGUGGGAACAUAUUUGUGAUGCUACAGGCAGUGGCGGAGCCACGUAGAUACAGGGGAAGGCCAUGACCACCUCUUUUAUUUUUUUUAAUAUUUUUUUUAUAUAGAGGAAAAUACAAAACUGCCCUCAGUGUGAGUUAAAAAUCAUUCUUUUUUUAUUUUCCUUCACUCUUUCACAAAAGAAACGGUUCAAGAAACACAGAAGCAUUGACGAAAACGAGACCACUACUUCCAAGUUCCAUCUACCCAUUGAGUGGACCGUGGACGCUGCCGACUUGCUGCCGUGGUUGCUGGAGGAAUCAUUGCAAUAUUCUCAAAUAAAAAAGAAAAAUAAAGAUGAAUAAUAGAAAAAUUGAUUCGUUUUUCAAGAGGAAAGCAUGUGAAAUUGAAAGAGAGGAGAGGGAUGAAGAAAUUAUAAUUCCGACAUUUGAACCUGAAACAAUUCUUGAGAUUCCAAGAAUUGAAGAGCAUCAUGGGUUUGAAAAUUCUUUGGAACGUGAUCCUGGAAAGCGUCGUCCGAUUUGGCAAUAUCCACCAAAUCAAGUGGAUGCAAUACAAAGAGCUUAUCUAAAAUGGGGUCCAUAUCAAAUUCCUUUAGACAACUAUCCUUUGUCUGGUAAUGCGGAUCAUCCAAGAAGGUUUCAACACACUUGGUUUAGCAUAUUUCCCUCUUGGUUAGAAUAUUCACCAUCUGAAGAUGCUGCAUACUGCUUACCUUGUUACCUUUUUAGCAAAAAACCAAGUGGACGUCCCGGAUCACAUGUCUUCAUUUCUACGGGAUUUAGAACUUGGAAGAAAGUUAGGAAUGGAAAACAUUGUUCCUUUCUUAAACACAUAGGGAUGGAUCCAUGUUCGCCACACAACAAUGCAAUGCAAGCUUGUCAAGACUUGUUGAAUCAAGAUUGUCAUAUCAGAAAUGUUAUUCAAGUUCAAAGUUCAAGUCAAAGAAUGAGUAACCGGCUUCGUCUCAAAACUUCAAUUGACACUGUUCGUUGGUUAACACUUCAAGCUUGUGCUUUAAGGGGUCAUGAUGAAACUAGCAAUUCAAGAAAUCAAGGUAACUUUCUCGAAUUGUUAAAACUUUUAGCAUCUUACAAUGAUGAAAUUGCAAAAGUUGUGUUGGAAAAUGCUCCACAAAAUUGCAAAUAUACCUCACAUCAAAUUCAAAAAGAGCUCUUGCAAAUUCUUUCUAGUAGGGUGAAAAAACAUAUUCGUGAGGAAAUUGGUGAUUCCAAAUUUUGUAUUGUUGUAGAUGAAGCUCGCGAUGAGUCAAAAAAGGAACAAAUGGCUCUUGUAUUAAGAUUUGUUGAUAAAGUUGGUUUAAUACAAGAGAGAUUUUUUGAUGUGGCACAUGUUAAAGACACCACGUCUUUAACUCUUAAGGAAGCAAUAUGUGAUAUCCUCUCUCGACAUAACCUUGAUGUGUCUAACAUUCGCGGACAAGGGUAUGAUGGUGCUAGCAACAUGAGAGGAGAAUGGAAUGGUUUACAAGCACUCUUUAUGAAGGAUUGUCCUUAUGCAUACUAUGUUCAUUGUUUUGCUCAUCGAUUGCAACUUGCCUUGGUUACAGCAUCAAGAGAAGUCAAACCAAUUCAUAAAUUCUUUGAUAAACUGAUUUUUGUAGUCAAUGUUGUUUGUUCUUCCACUAAGCGUCAUGAUGAGUUACAAGCUUCCCAAUUAGAAGAGAUUGCACAUUUGUUAGAGAUUGGUGAGAUUGUAACUGGUAAAGGUUCAAAUCAAAUUGGUACUUUGAAACGAGCUGGAGAUACCCGUUGGGGAUCACAUUACAAUUCUAUUUGUAGCUUGAUAAACAUGUACGAAGCAACUUGUUCAGUUUUAAAAAAAAUUGCAAAAGAAAGGGGAAAUUAUGCUACACGUGGGGAUGCAGAUAGUUCUUACAAUUACUUGAAGGCAUUUGAUUUUAUAUUUAUUUUGCAUUUGAUGAAAGAAAUUAUGGGGAUAACAGAUAUGCUUUGUCAAGCCUUGCAAAAACAAAAUCAAGAUGUAGUUAAUGCCAUGGACUUGGUUCGUUCAACAAAAAGUUUUAUUCAAGACUUGAGAGAAAAUGGUUGGGAUAUAUUGUUUAGUACAGUGACAUCUUUUUGUGAAAAGCAUGGUAUUGAGAUUCCUGAUCUUAAUGAUAUUCAUUCAGCAACAAGAUUUGGACGAUCUCGCCUUGAAGAAAAUCAAGUCACAAUUCAACAUUACUUCAAAGUUGAAAUCUUUUUCACUACCAUUGACAAACAGUUGCAAGAGUUGAAUAGCAGAUUUAGUGAGCAGGCAAUGGAUUUGUUAACUCUUUCUUGUGCUUUGCCUCCUAAGGAUGAGUAUAAAGCUUUUAACAUUGAUACUAUUUGUUCUCUAGUUGAAAAAUAUUAUCCUAUGGAUUUUAGUGAUCAAGAGAAGAAUAAUUUGCAAUUUCAACUUCGGCAUUUUCUAUUUGUUGCUCGCCAAGCAUCAAAUUUGAAUAAUUUAUCAACUAUUCAAGAGCUAUGUUCAUGUUUAGUGGAAACUGGACAAGCUGAAAUUUAUUUCUUGAUUGAUUGGCUACUUCGCCUUAUCAUGACUCUUCCAGUUUCUACGGCAACAACUGAGAGGUCUUUUUCAGCAAUGAAAAUUAUCAAGACUAAGUUGAGAAACAAGAUGGAUGCUGGGUUUCUAAGAGAUAGCAUGACAGUUUAUAUUGAAAGGGAGAUUAGUGCAAACAUUAGUUCUGAGUCUAUUAUUGAAGAUUUCAAGUCACUCGGAACACGUAAAGCUUUAUUAUAAGCGGCCAUCCCUUUUCUUUUUUCCUAGCUCCGCCACUGGCUACAGGGGUAGGGGGUCUCAAUAUUAUUUCUCUUAAAACCUGGAAUACAUCUACCAUGGGGAAAUUACUAUAGAAUAUCCACAAGAAGGCAAACAAACUAUGGAUACAAUGGCUGGAUAUUUAGGGGGUCUCAAUAUUAUUUCUCUUAAAACUUGGAAUACAUCUACCAUGGGGAAAUUACUAUAGAAUAUCCACAAGAAGGCAGACAAACUAUGGAUACAAUGGCUGGAUAUUUACUUUUUCAAGGGCUGUGAUGUGAUGCAAUGGCAAUGUAAAGACUCCUGUUCUUGGAUUCUGAAAAAAAUAAUAAAAAGCAGGGAGUACGUGCAUACUACGGAUUGUUAGAACAAAGCGGUGACCAAUGGACAGUAUAAGACAGGUGCUAUGUAUAAGGAGAUGCGUGGAGACGGUGUGCAGGUGAGAUGGGAUAAAAUCCUACUGCACAACCGUGCGAGACCGAGGGCAGGAUUCACCCUGUGAAUGAGUUUAUGGAAGAAGCUUCCAACAAAAGACCGGCUAGCGAAGUUUGGUAUUGAUGUAGAUACCAGGUGCUGUUUUUGCAAUAACAUUGAGUCGAUUGAACUUUAUUCUUUGAAUGUCAUAGGUUCAAAGUUAUUUGGCAGCGUAUUUUAAACCGGAUUGGUAUUGUGAGGAGUCCGUUGGACUGAACUUUAGAAAUGGAAUGGCUUAUUAUGGAAACAAGGAAGAAGGGAUGGAAGAGACAAGUCCUAAAGAUUGUCGUGGUGGAGACAAUUUAUGAAUUGUGGAAGGUACGAAAUAAUUAUAUCUUCUCCCAAAAACAGUUUGAGGAUACAAUUUCUGAUAGAAUUAUUAAUAGUAUUUUGAUUCGUUGUUCUAUGUAUAAGAAUCCAAGUAUACGUAUGAGAUAGUAUGCUUAGACUUGGUUUAGUUUGAAGACCUGGAU